GAUCAUAUGAACAAAUGGGCGGGAAAACCAAUCUCCCACUACGUUGUUAACUGAAGAGGAAAUGUAACUGUCACUGCCCAAAACAUCGAAGGAAACCACCUCUUGCAUCUCACCAUAACCACCUAAACAAAAAAGCUUCAGAAUCACCACGAAGAACACGCACCAUCUCUCCAAUGGCGUCUUCUCUCUUCUUCUUCAUCAUCACAACACUAACAAUAACACCAUUUGUUCCUAUCUCUCUAUCCUCUUCCGUGGUGGAAGACCUCGCCAAUCUCCAGCCUCCGCCCGAUUUCAACGCCACGAUCUCUGCAAAUUGCCAACACAACCCUUUGCUUCGGUACUGUAACGCCUCUUCUCAGUUCGACAUCCUCGAGGUUUUCCGUUCGACCAUCGUCGCAAGCCAUCUCUGCAACGAGUCCAAAAACCCUAAUUGUGUCGAGUCUUUCCCCAUGAUCAGACUCCAUAGCCGUCCCAAGACCGCCAAGCUUUACCUUUCCUUCACUUUCUUCUGGAAGUACUGUCCUCUCAGUGUCGUGUCCAUCCAGAUCUCGAACAAUUCUCUCACGGGUGGCUUCCCGACCGAUGUUCUGUCUUGUUCUCAGAUUCAGUCGCUUGAUCUAAGUUACAACGAUCUCUCUGGCGAUGCUCCGCUUCAGGCUCUGUCUGCAUUGCACAACUUGACACAUCUGAACUUGUCUUAUAACCGUUUCUCGGAGAACAAGAUGUCGGAUUCGCAGUUCUUCAAACGCUUCAACGCCUCGAGUUUUAUCCGCUCGGGAAUUCUCCCGAACGCUCGGCGUUACAAGAUCAAGUUUUUCGUCCUGUUGAUCGGGUUACCACUUCUAGUCAUUUUGAUCUCCUGUUGCUUCGGAUGGUUAUGCUUCAACAGGCCUGAUUACUUACCGAAAAUGCUAUGGUGAAACCACAAGUUUACUCCCGCGAUGCUGGAGGCAGCGACAGAGGAAUUCUCGGAAGAAAACCUCGUGAUAAAGGGCAGAGGAUUCGAUAUAUAUCGUGGAACGUUACGGGAUGGGACAGACACCCGGAUCGAGGUUUACAGAGACGAUAUUUCGAGAGAGAAAAGUAGAGAAUUCGCAGAGGAAUGCAAGGUGAUUGUGAACUUGAGGCACAAGAAUAUGGUAAGGGUGUUGGGUUGGUGCAACAGCAGAAACAUGAGGGCUUUGGUCACAGAAUGGAUCGAUGGCCAAACCGUCGAGACAUGGUUGAGUUCCUUGUCCGCAGUGCCAUGGGGAAGAAGGGUCGAAGUUGUAAUGGGAGUUGUAGAAGGGAUGUAUUACCUCCAUGACCAGUGGCCUGAGGUUAUAUAUGAUCUUACCACAAGCAGUGUACUGUUAUCUGAUGAGCAAGAGCCUCUGAUUUCUCAAUUCAAGGUCGGAGAUGGAAGCAACUCAACUAAUAUCUACAGGUUCGGGCUGUUUCUUCUGGAGAUGGUCACAAACCUAAGACCAGACACAGAACAAGAAGGUGCAGAGACAAGGUAUGUGGAGUACAUAAGAGUUCAUUACCCGGGGAAUCUAGAGAGAGUGAUGGACGAGAGGAUGAAGCUGGACAAGAGGGCUUUUGAACAAGCCAAGCAAGCCAUAACUCUUGGACUUAUGUGCACUGAUAAGCCACCUGCAAAGCAACCGAGUUUGACACAGAUCUAUACCAUGGUAGCUUCUCUGCAUGAGUCUUGUUCAAGACAUCAUGGCAACAAAGUGACAUAGAUAAUGAAAAAUCAAAACUAUUUCUCUUCAGCAUUUUCAGUCAGUGAGUUGUGUUUUAGGGGUUAUUAUUUUACGUCAACAGAGAGUUGUAUGUAUU